AUGAAUGAACGGACGGACCGACAGACUGACAGAUGGAUGGAUGGAUGGAUGGAUGGAUGGAUGGAUGGAUGGAUAGAAGGUGGAAAUUGGAUAUUAAUCAUAAAAUUUACGUACCACUUAAAACUUCGACCACUUUAAUGACUUUUUUUAACUCUUCCUCGUUUUUUGACCUAAAAACAAAAUGUAUCAUUAGAUUUUAAUGUUCCAGUCACUCUUUAGUUAAAAAGGUAACUUUCUUCGGCCAAACCUUUCACAUGUGGCUGUUGUUUCCAAAAAGACACCAAAAAAUUUGUUGACGCUUUCUGAAUUUCGGACCACAGCUGGAAGGAUGAGCAAAUCCUACGAAUACAAAAAGAGUUGUUGUUAGAGUCAUGAUGUAGGAAAGGUUUUGUCUGAAACACUAAGGUAGGACGGUCUAUAAUAAUCCGAUUCGGCCCGGUUUCUGUCCACCUUUAUAAACCUCACAUAACUAAGUUAAAUUUCCAGUUUAUAUAUCUAACUGGGUGAUAAUCCCACUAUUGAAAACUUUAACAACAGAAACUGCAUGGGAGUAGUCCUGACUCUCCUGGUAAAAUGAGCAAAAAUAACUGAAACAGUUUUCCAGGCGUGUUAUACGCAUAAAGGAUACUGCCAAAUCACAUUUCAUGUUUAUUGUUUUCUGAAAUUAGCAAUACCGGUUUAGUGGUAAUCUAGGAUCGAUGUAGGUUACGGGAAGCUCAGCUCAUUAGCUGGAGCCGGCAGUUAGCUGAGCUUCCGACGUUUGAAAGAUAUCCGUUUCAUAGAGAGUACAGAAAAUGGAACCCUGGCCUGCACGUCGCAUUCUGUUUUAGCUUUUGAGUCGCUUGUCGAUAUGACUUCUGUAUGGUGCCGAUGUUCUUUGUUCCACACCCCACAGAAAAAAAUUUUCCUUUGAUCCUAACCAACCUAUGUUUUUACCUUUAUAAACUUUUCCAGCCUCUGAAUCUUUUUCAAAUCGUCCUCUUUGAAAAGACUUUGGGAGAAGGAAUUUUUCAACUCUGCCAAGAAAAGGAAAGUCUUAUCAACUAAAUGAUGUAAAAACGAUGUGAACACAGGGCCUCACCUAACGUGCAUUUUAUUUACUAAACUAUACUCCUAACUUUUUAACAAAAAUAGUUUUUAAUUAAUUUCUUUAGCACUUUAUUGACAAUAACAAUGGUGACAAAAAUACAUAGGAAAAAAAGAAAUUAAAAAAAACAACAAAGACACUAUAAGGUACAGUAACAGCAAUUUACGAGUUGUAACAUGUUCAAUGUUCGAUAAGUUGAAGAGAAAGAUUUGUGUCUCAUUUAAUACAAUAUGAUGUUCGUUUUUAUAAAUUGGAAAAAAAUAAAAUGAAAGAGAAACGAAAGUUGCAGUUAAGACGUUUAAACUGUGUAAAAAAUAUUUGAAAAUGGUUGAAUCUGCAUUUACUUUAGGUGAUGCUUGAGCUCUUCAAAAACUUAGGACUGCUUUGUUAUAAACAAUUUGAAUAGACUUUUGAAGAAAAAUGGGUUUUACAAAAUUGAACAAACUACUGCGCUGGAUUUCGCCUCGGCAUUGAACGUCUGUGGUUGAUAAAACGAAGGGAAAAUAGUGAUAAAACUUAGGUCAUGAACCCUGUAUUCGAAAAAAGUCUUCAAUUUCAUCUAAAAUAACUAUUUCAUGAUGCUUAAACAAUCUUUUGAUACCUUCAGAGUAUUUGGAUGCAAGAUUUUAAAUCUACAGUCAAUCGAGCGGCAAUGAUUAAUAAGCAUACCAAUACCACGCGAAGAAUACCUGGUAAGCUUUUGACAAGAGAUUUUGCAGUCCUCUUUGAAUAACCACCCUUUUGCUUGAGUAAGUCAUAAACCGUGCCCUGAAAUUAAAGGAAAUUUUAAAAGGGCUUAAGCUUACAAUUUUCACAGCAAGAAGAACUUUCUGGGGAUAUAUGAAUGGAGGAUGGAAGUUUUGUACGGAAAUCAGGUCAAGUUGUAUCUAAUUAAAAUUGUGAGAAACCCGCAGUGCAAUGAUAGUAACUAUUCGCAUUCGCUUAUUAGUUAUUAUUAUUAUUAUUAUAAUUGUUAUUAUUAUUAUUAUUAUUAUUAUUAUUAUUAUUAUUAUUAAUAUUAUUCAGUAUUAUUCAUACUAACUGUAGCUGUAGUUUGUUAUAGAACAUACAGUUUUUUGUACUGGUUAUAGUUCAGAAAUAACAUAAUUUACUCAUAUCCACCAGCAGCGAAAAUGAUCGAAAUGAAAUAAGUGAACCGACGUCUUAAUAGACGGGAAUAACAGCGUGCACUAAAGACACUUUAAAAUAAGUGUUGAUACAAUGGAGCACUCGGCGGAGCGGAAGCAUGAAAGCGUAGUUAAAAUGGAUUACAAAUCAAAUCGAACAGCAACACUCCAAAAACAUAACUUAAAAUUUUAUUUCCCCAGCCAAUUGAGGCCGGUAGAUUUCUAUUCGUCAGUGUUUGCUAAAACGCAGACUGUGGUAUCAGUUUAGAAUUAAUAUUUUUCCAGCUAAGCUAGUUUGAUUGGGAAUGGAAGCAAUAACUACAUAACUAACUGACACAUUUCAAUCCAACAGCUUCUCGCCUUUUUUAGUCAGGAGCAUUUAUUAAUAAGUGACUUCUUGCUCCCUCCAUCUCUCGGCAUUCUUUAUGAGUGACUACUGCAUGGGAAACAAACUGGUCAGGAAAUGUCUGUCGUCACAGGAAGCGGUAAGCAAUGGACAUCAUUAAAAUGAGAUAGGGCUCCCUCGUGUAUUGAAAACUGAAGGGGGGUUUGCGUAUAAUUAUCUUCUUGAAUCUCAGUUUUACUCGGAUUCUGGUGCAUGUCCUUACAUUAGCAAUCAUGAUGAUAUUAUGUAAUACGAUACCAAACCUUGUUACGCGUGCCGUCAUGUUACGUAACAUCAGACGGUACCCUCACGCUUGAAGUGCCCGUGUAUUGAAUCGUUAAUUGGCCUGAAGAACGCAGUUUUACCCAGCUUCUCGAGAGCUAGACGACGGUUAAGUGGUUCCAGCGUAAGAGUUCUUGGUUGUUGAGCUUUUGAGUAACACACCUAAAUGACAUAGCGCUUGAAGAAAUCUCCUGUUCAAGUUCGUAACCACUCAAACUUUAAUGCGCGCAUUUAAUUCUUCUCAUUCUGCAGAGAUUCUCUGACAGCUAUUGACUGUAAUGACAGUACAUACGACUGUGAGAAUUGAAGAACUGAAGUUAUGAUGACAUUAAUCGUUGCUGUUUGGCAUGUUUAAAUGGUUCUCAAUUUUGAUUUACGAAAAAUCUAUUUUACACAGUAUGCAUGUGAAAUUAGUAUACAUAUAGUUUUCAGUACUACAAUUCUUAAAUUUGCUUACAGACUUAGCGCCUGCCUUCCCUACCAGUGUCUGGACCUAAACCCAGGGUGAUCAGUAAAGUCCAAUACUCUCCAGUAAUUAUCUUCUUGAAUCUCAGUUUUACUCGGAUUCUGGUGCAUGUCCUUACAUUAGCAAUCAUGAUGAUAUUAUGUAAUACGAUACCAAACCUUGUUACGCGUGCCGUCAUGUUACGUAACAUCAGACGGUACCCUCACGCUUGAAGUGCCCUUGUAUUGAAUCGUUAAUUGGCCUGAACAACGCAGUUUUACCCAGCUUCUCGAGAGCUAGACGACGGUUAAGUGGUCCCAGCGUAAGAGUGUUUGGUUGUUGAGCUUUUGAGUAACACACCGAAAUGACAUAGCGCUUGAAGCAAUCUCCUGUUCAAAAUUUGCGCAUUUAAUUCUUCUUUUCUGCAGAGAUUCUCUGACAGCUAUCGACUGUAUUAACAGUACAUACGACUGUGAGAAUUGAAGAAUUGAAGUUUUGAUGAAAUUAACCCACGGCACAAAAUCUCGUCUUUUCUGGUGAUUUUACCAAACGGUUAAUGUGUUGAAAAUGCCACGUUCACGAUCCGUUUUCUCAUUUCGGAAUUCGCAAGAAAAACUCGGCGUUCACAAUCCGUUAACACCAGGAAAAUAUGCUGUUUACUUCACGUUUUCCAGCACACGGAAAACGUGGUUGAACAGUGCGCUUUCUCUCGACUCUCUCGUUAACCGGACAUUUUACCAAACGGUUAAUGUAAGGAAAAUAUCGCGUUCGUGACUCGUUUUCCAACUUCGGAAAAGACAAGGACAACUUGCCAUUCACCAUCACCAAGAGACUAUAAAGGGGGCAGAGAGGGCAUCCCGCAUAUACACCCUAUUCCAUAGGUAAUUCGUCUCGAGUUAUUUUUAGAAUCGGGAUAAAGCUACCUCGCGCGAGGCGUGGAUGUUCCGUGGAGGUUUCGCAUGACCAAACGCCGUGCAAAACAUGUCGGGCGAGAGGCAAUGAAAGCGUAAAAAGAUCAAGAGCAUUCCUGAAUAUUGAAGCGAAAUGAGUCGGUGCUCACCUGGGAAAAAGGAAUCGCUGGACUCUUUGACAACCCGUAAAAUCAGUUUAACUCGAAGUUGUCGUAACCUCAGUGCUUUAAUAAAAUGAGAAAUUUCGCCGGUCUGUUGAAACCGGUCGUUUGUACAAUUCAGGGAGUUUAAGAUCCAACGACGCGGACGACAACUAGAACUUCAAAAAAACAAUAGGUUUAAUUAGCAAAACAACAACUUCGCACGUGCAACACACUUUUUUGUUCAUUUCUUUCCCGUUUUUGCACGACUACGACGUGAAAAUGCCUAAUUUCGCGUUUUAUGGAGGACGUAAAUAAGCAACGACGAAAUUUUAUUUCUCUUUCUGAGCUUGAAUAUGGUCCCUUGAAAUUCAGCUUUAGGAGGGUUCGCCUACAAUUGACAAAGUAAGUGGGUAGGAAUAAUCGCUAUAAAGACUGAAAAAAAUAAACAUCAAACCAGAAAUUGCUCUCUUCAAACUGUAAAUUAUAAAUGAUCCUGAGAGAAUAUUCAGUGUGUUGAGGAUUUCCCUGCUCUACUGUUAGCUCUACACAAGAGAGGAAGGGCGAUUCUUUUUUAAUUUCGGUUUCGCUGACACAGCUUUUGCAGAAAUCUCGCUGUAGUCGUUUUCGUCGACAAAAGGAAUAGCAAAAUCGCUCUCCGCGUCUUCCCCCAUUUUGUUCUGCGUCAUUUCGUGAAGGACGCGUGGCUCUCAGCGUGGGUCAUCCACGCGGAACACAUUCGCGCUAUGUGAUUGGCUGUUGUCUAAUCCCCUUUGAGAUCUGUGGUGUUAAAAAUAACUCGAGACGAAUUACCUGUGGAAGAGGGUGUAUAUGGGGGAUGCCCUCUCUGUCCCCUUUAUAGUCUCUUGCCAUCACUUAUCAGAGGGAAAAUAUGCUGUUCAUGUCACAUUAUCCAGCACAUGGAAAACGGGGUUGAACAGCUCGUUUUCUCUCGUUAACCGGAAAUUUAACCAAACGGUUAAUGCCGUGAAAAUAUCACGUUCCUAAAUCCUUUUCCGACUUCGGGUAACACAAGGAAAACUCCCGGAAAAACUCAACAUUCACCGGCGGUAACACCAGGAAAACAUGCCAUUCAUUUCACGUUUUCUAGCACAGCUGGCAAACGCGAUUCAAUAGUGUGUUUUGCAACUCAUUUUACCAUCGUUAUCAGCAACCUGUAAACAGGCCGUUGACCGCCGUGUUUUAUUUGGGUACAUUUCCUGCCAAGAAUUCCCUCAGCUUUAUUUUGAUUAUCUUACCAGCAACAACUUUGGCAAGAAACCGGUGUCUGUGAAUAUUACAACGGAAAUUGACUUAAUAAGACUUAUUAGAGGUCUGUCGUAAUCGUCGUUGUUUUUGAAACAAACUCAAGGCAUGUAAAAUCAUUCAGAGGCUUCUCUUAUUUCUGCCGCGAGGAACGCAAUGGAACAGACCAUUUCUGUUUCCCUAGUAACCGGGCUCGUAGCCUCGACAUCAUGAGUGACACAAAAGAACAAGAUCACAUGACCUCAAAGUCCGCGUUUUUCGAAGAAGGCGGCGGGAAUUUCGAGUUUUUGUUGUUUCGCUGCCAUGUCCGCGGUCGAUCUUGGCCAAGAAAUCUCUCUUUCGGACCGUUACGUCUUGUUAUUACAAGCCACGAUUAAAGGAAGCAAGGUUUUGAGAACGCAAGUGGCCGAGAGAACGGAGAAAGAAGAGGACGUCAACAGACUUACCGUCAAGCUGUACACGAGCUGUGUGAAAAGUUUUCGACCGAAGAAGCGUCUAGAAAGAGGAAAAGGAGCGCCAGUUCUUAACUGAAGGUUUCAAGACAAUUAGGGUAAGAUCUUUAACUUCUUUUAGCAUAUGUUGUAAGGAAUUGAUCUCGAAAUUGAAUGCAAGUCGAGGAUUUGUCAGAAAGCUACGUAUACAGUGGGGAAUGUGGAAUAGUGAAAUUCGGAAUCCGGAAUACAACUGUACCUAAGGAGACUUUCAUGGAAGGGACAAGAGAAUAGCUCUGGACGGUCAUGUUGAAAUGCAGACCAUGCAAACUGCAGACCGUGCAGACUGUGCAGACUUAGUGUUAUUUUUUUUUACUUGUACCUUAAUUUUCUAGUAAAAUUUUUACCAUAGUUUCCCGCUUCCUCUCAUUAUCUGUACUGUGCAUCACUAUCAUAUGUGCACCGAUGUGUACCUGCAAGGGUCAUGGCUAAGAAAUGAGAAAAUCGUGGGCUCAUGUUUACCGGAAGAUGUAAAGGCAGUUUCGCACACUUUUAGCUGCGCCGCCUUCAUGCAGGAGCAAGCAUGAUGGAGGAAGGUAAGCUGAUUCUUUCUGUAAUUGUAUUAUAUUGCCACGAUUAUUUAAAUCUUUUUUAGUAGAAGAAGCUCUUUCAGGUUAAGUGACUUAAAAUAAAACCCUUCCUACAACGGCUACGAGAGAGACAUUUCCUCAAUUUCGUUGAUUGUUGAUGAUCGUCUUGUUUGGUUUCACUCUGUAAUUCAAACCAGUGACUUGCCACCAUUUCUUCAAAUCUUACAGAUACCGAUGUCGUUGUUGGUAGCUCGGAAUAUCAAACCGAGACGUUUGAGAGAUGGGCCUUCCUUUAAAAUGUGUAAAUAAAAUCAACGGUAUAUCUACCUUAGAAAUAUUCUGAUUUCCUCGUAUUUGGCGGUUCCGUAAGGGUCAGAAUUAAGAGGAGAAGGGCAGCGACUUUAACUUCUCACAGAUAAUAUUCAAUGAAAAUUAAGACAAAAUAUGCCUAAAAUACACGGUGCAUUCAAGCCCCCUCCACAUCUUCGAGUCGUACAAAUAAUACAUUUGUUACUAAUGAACUAUUUAGUUUUGGAACUGCAUAAACAAGAACCAUGAUACUCGGACAAGAUUGUCGGUUUUAAACCACUACCACUUAUUGGCGUGAAUGCAUGGAGCAAAUACAAUAAUGUUGAUCCCCGAGUGAAAACCAGCCAAGAAGGACACUCUUGGGAAUCGAAUAAAAAAAAUACAUAAACCAAAGUCUUAGCCGAAUCUUCUGAGCUAACAACGAUAACAUCGGUAUCUGUACUGGAUUUGAAGAAAUGGUGGCAAAUCACUGGUUUGAAUUACAGAGUGAAACUAAAGACAAUCAUCAACAAUCAAGGAAAUUGAGGAAAUGUCUCUCGUAGCCCUUGUAGGAAGCCGAAAAGGGUUUUAUUUUAAGUCACUUAACUUGAACUGAAAAGCUUCUUCUACUUAAAAAAAUUAAAUAAUCGUGGCAAUAUAAUACAGUUACAGAAAGAAACAGCUUACCUUCCUCCAUCGUGCUCGCUCCUGCAGGAACUAUAGUAAACAUUUUACUAGAAAAUUAAGGUACAAGUAAAAAAAAUAACAUCCAGUCUGCACAGUCUGCAGUCUGCAGUUUGCAUGGUCUGCGUUUCAACAUGACCGGCUCUGGAAGAUAGAACUUACCGUACCUUGUGGCACAAAUUUUUUGUGGGAGUUUGUUUUUGCAGAUGUAACAUGUAUGUGAGGCAACAAGUUUGGACAUGAUCAUUUAUUUGUUAUAUGACAAAGUAUUCAUUUUUACAAUCAAUCCUGGCUGACCUGCAGCUAGCUAAACUAACCAAGGCAGAUCAGUCUCACAAGUUCUAAAUAUUACAGAUAACCCAAUGCUGCUGGUAAAAAGAUCAGUUAAAGGGACACAGUCGCCUAUUGGCCCACACUGACCUGGACACUACUUUUCCCAGUUUGAAAAAGAUUUACCUCAACUCAAAAUCAAAUGUACACAUCAGAUACAUCUAGAAAUCCACUUUAAUCUGGCGUAGUUUUUCAUUCGAUCCUCUAUCUUUUUUCUGAAAACCUCUUUCUGACUCAGCAAACUUUUAUGCAUCCUAAAACAUUAUUAAUUUUUAUCAUAAUUAUUUGGUUAAACACAGUAUCCAAAGGAACGUAAAAAGAAGAGGUGGAAAACGUGUAGGUGCUGGACGGAAGAAAUCCCCUUUGUGUACCAAAAUGACAAGAGAAAUGAAUCAAUAACACUGCAGAGCAAAUCAUCAUUACAAAUAUUUGGAAAAUUGAUGGAGAAAGGUACAAUCAAGCUGUCUCAACGUACUGAUUCAUCAAAUUCAGAAGUAUUCAUCAAUGUUUAGCUUUCCCUGGACAAGUGCAUUGGUGAAUUUUUGAUGGCAUAUAAAAAAAUGAGUGCUCUGAUAUGACUUAGAGUCUAUAACUAAGAUUUUGACUUACAAUAUUAGUUAAACUCCACAAGGUUUGUUUAGAUAUUCCGGAUGCGCUUCUCACUUUCUGUUUCACGCGCAUCUUGUGAUGUGCAAAGCAGCGAAGAAUUGGUAUGUAAUGUGCAUGUGCAUCAGCUGACUGUGCCCCUUUAAGUGGCCUUUUACAUUGAUGGAGAAUUCAUGCAGAGCAUAUUGUUAUGGGUCAAAUUUGUUUUCAGAUUAAUCUUGAUUUAACUCUGGUUGAUUCUCAAUUUCCUUUGUCUCCUAGCCCCAAGAGACAAAGGAAAUUGAGAAUCACCCCGGGGGAGGGGGGUUGGGGGGAAAGCAAACCCAGGUGCUACAUGUGUGCAACACAAUGUAUGGAAGAUCACUUGUGGAGUUGUAUAGCUUGUGAUUAACUGAUCACAAAUGCUUUGUUAGGUGGGUGCGAAGGCAGAUAAUAUAAUAUACAGAAUCCAAGUUCAAGAGUUCAGUAAGAAGGUUGAACCUUUUUUUAUCUGAACUUAUCAUUGUGGGGUGCUAUGCAAAAAAAUUUGUGACGAGUUUGGAAGUGUGCCGACUUAAGUUGCCAUUAUUGUGCUGUUGUUUCUUGGUUAGGUAAGUCCAAAUUUUGCUUGAGUACCUGUCUAAAAAAGAUAAUUUAAGAGAAGAUAAUAGAUAAGAAAUUUUCACUCCAAAGGUUCAUUGUAGUUCUGGGGUGAAAUUAGUUUUCUGGACUGCAUUGUCACCUAUUUUCUGGUGGCCAAUCACAAGGAAAGAAGCAAAAAUUUCAAGCAGCCUACGUUAUUUUGUGAUGUACCAGUGUUUCUUUUUUGUUGUCGAUCCCUCCUGUGGGCUUCAUUCUCUUGUGAUCUUGGCUGCAUAAGGAUUUUGAGAAAUGCCAAAAAUUAUUUUACAUAAUUAUAUAAGUAGUAUAAUUAUUAUUAUUGUUCCUUUCUGCUCAGUAUUGUAAAUUGUUUCCAACAUUUUUCACGCUUAUCAUUUUUCAACAAAGUUAUGACUCACUUGAUAUGUAUAAGUAUUUGCCACUAAGCUCUUCUUUUAUCGUUAAGUUAUAAAUAAUUUCAACUGUAAGGUCAAGUAGCAUUGCAAAGCACAUAAGGGAAAAUGGAAAAACAAAUUAACUCACAAGCAAAUGCCUGUACUAGCCACGAUAUUUUGUGAUGAAUAACAAAAUGUUUGUUGAUGUUGAAAAAUGUAGGUAAGAAUUACAAAAACUGAUCAGAAUGGAACAAUUUUUCUUACUACUCAAAUAAUUUUCAUAUAUUUUUUUGCAUUUCUUGAGCCCCUUCUGCAGUUGAGGUCAAACGAGAAGGAAGCCCAACGAGGGAUAACAACAAAAUUAAUAUAUUCAUCACAAAAUAGCGACUACUAGGCUACAAGCAUUUGCUUGUUUCCUCGUGAGUUGCUGCCCAAAAAAAAAAACAUGACAGCACCGUUAAACUAACCCCAAAUCCACACCGAACUGUUUGAGUGAAAAUUUACCAUCCUUUAUCUUAUCUUAAAGUAUCUCCUUGGUGGCAAUUGACCAAAAUUGGACUUACCUAAUGCAACCAUGAAACAGUCGUGCAAUAAUGGCGACUUAUUAAGUCAGCGCUUGCAAGCUUGUCAAAAAUUUAUUCAUGGGGCCAGCACAACAAUGAUUACAGAGUGAUAUAAAAAAGCAGUUCAACCUUCUUACAGAACUCUUGAACAUGGAUUAUGUAAAUUAUCAGCCUUCAUUAUCACCUAACGACACUUUUGUGAUCAAUUAAUCACAAGCCAUCUGACUCCACAAGUUUAAAGCUAGCUGUACAUCACAUCAUGUAUAUUCAAACAGUAUUACAUGUUGUUUUAAAGAAGGGAUUCCACGGAUAGAACACAAUCCAGUGGCAUUACUCAGUUGGUAGCAUUUGUGAAUAAUUUAAUUAAAGGGAAAAGGAUUAAGCCUCACUAAAUGUGACAGCUACAGAUCAGUGACCACUACUGGUUUUUCAAUGAGAAUAUUUCUCUUGACUACAGAUGCUCUGAAAGUUAAAAACAAAUCUAUCAAAAUUAAUUGAUUUCUAUAUUAUUUCACCCAGAAACUUGAGAAAAGACGAAAAGUAGUUACAGAAGAUGAGAAGAAGAUGCCAGUCUUAGAAGCCCUACAUUCAGCCUUGAUUCCGUCUGAUGAGUCAGAUGAGGAGGGUGAUGUUCUCAGAACAAGGCCCCUAGAGUGGAGAUCAGAGGAGGUUUCCAUGUUUUUUUCACAAUUUAGACUCUCACUAUAGAAGAAGUAUGUCCAACCAGCAAAAAAGGCAGUCUGUUAACAGAAGGGUUGGUCCUCCAAGAACAAGAGGCCGUAAUGAAGUUCCUGAGUCAUUGCUCUGGGCCAUUAAAUUGUAGUUCUUUUCAUUUUUUAAUGCUUGAUAACAGUGGAGCUUCAAUACAUUUUUAAAAGUAAAUCAGGGAAAACCUUGUUUCAAGACUUAUUUCAAAACAAAUAUGGCACUUGAAAUUUCUUUAACAGUGUGCUAUUGCCAUUUGGGGUUCCACUGGUCGACAUAUAUUUAACAAUUAUUCCUCAAGCCCAAAUGAGCUAUUGACUCAGAGGCCAUGAGGGCGAGAGGAAGAAUUUAUUGUUUUAGUAAUAUCCAGCUAGUUGGUCCAAAAUAUCGAGACAAAGCAAGUUUAGCUAGCAAAAAACAUUGUCCAGCCGCCAUUGUUUUGGUUUCAAAGCCGGCGCUUUUCGCUACUAGUGGGCUAUAACAUAUAACCUAGUAGUAGCUCAGCCAAUCAGAAUGUGACAUUGAUAAUAGACCACUAGUUGGAUAUUACCAAUUAACUAUAUUCCAGGUGAUUUUCACCAGCAAACCGAGAGAGUACUCAUCCUUAAAGGAAAUACACUCAAAAUUCCACUCAGUACGAGCACACAUGGACUUAUUAAACUAAGGAGUGGAUCAACUUCAUUUUGACCUUGGAAACAGUAUUGUUUUAAGGUCAAUGUGUACUCGUAUUGAAUAGAAUUGUGAGUAUAAAUAGAAACUUUACUACAGAAAAACAAUUUGUAUGCGAGUGGAAUGUUGACUGAAAUUAAUCUGUACAUGCCUUACUCGUUAGCAGUUAGCAUCGAAAUCUCCCUACUGUUCUUAUUUGGAUCAGUUGGUUAUCAGUAGAUAUAUUUCCAAGAGUGUUCUGAAUUGUACUGACCAUAUUCAUUUGAUAACAGAAUUUUGUGAAUAUCUUAUCUAUGAUUGAAUGCAUUUUUAUAAAUAGUAGUUUUAGUUUACUGUGGAGUGGUCAUAAUCAAUUAGAGGCAUUCUGUACUGCAGACGAUGAGUUGAGUUGCUGAUAAUAAAAGAGUUCAGAAGUACAUUGAGAGCUUUUCAUUACUUGUUUCCAUUGAGGGAUAUCGGGGAGAGAAUCGAAGUAUUUAUUUGUCGUUUAAAGCACCUAUGGCGGGUGCCGGGAAAAACAAAACUGCAACAACGAAUGUUAAAUUUUGAACGAAAACACCAGUGAAUAAAGGACUAAGUUACAUUCCCGCAUAAGAUCACACUGGAAACGUAGAAGAUGCGAGAAAAUAAGCGCAUUCGAUACUGAAAACGGCGCGUUUUCCUGGAGAAAAAAGUUUUGAAACGAUGGAAAACAUCUCAUUAAGCGAUGGGUGAACGUUGGGGAACAUGCUGUUUUCCGGCAUUUUCUAGUUGUUCGCUGCCCCAGAAAACGCGAGAAAACUCACGCAAAAUGACGGAAAACGUCUGUGAAUUCUUUGUUUUGCCACUUGAAAACACCAAAAAACGCGAUGUUAAGUCAAUGGAAAACAGCGGUGAACAACGGAAUACGAUCCGUUCCUCAUGUGUUAACCGUAUGUUUUCCGUGUGUUUUGCUUGUAUUAGCCGUGCGUUAACGGUCCGGUUAACGCCAGUAAAACAAGCGUUUUCCUGGUGUUAACUGAGCCUGAAAACUAUCGGAUAAUGGAACGAAUACUCAAAUUUACCGGCCAGAAAACGACGGGAAAAGAGUGGAUUUUACGACCGGAAAAGGCGAGAGAAUUUUAGCAAAAUGCCGCGUUUUCGAAAAUUAACCGAGGGUUUUCGAGACGGUGAAUGCCAUAUUUCUUGCCGUGGUACGUACGUACCGUUGCUGUUUGGCAUGUUUAAAUGGUUCUCAAUUUUAAUUUACGAAAAUCUAGUAAACUGUAUGCAUUUGAAAUUAGUAUACAUGUAGUUUUCAGUACUACAAUUCUUAAAUUUGCUUACAGACUUAACGCCUGCCUUCCCUUUCAAUGUCUGGACCUAAACCCAAGGUGAUCAGUAAAGUACAAUACUCUCCAGUACAAAGAAUGCAAACUGGCGAGCUGUUACUUUUUACAAAAACAGGCUAAAUAUCAGUUAUCAUCUUCAAUAAAUUCAGUUUUAUUACUGAGUAUCACUAUACAACUUGAAUAUGAUUUCGGAGUGGAACCUUGAAACAUUGAGUUAAUUCGUAUUUCAAAUCGAUCAACCGAAACGUACCUGCAACUCAAUGAAAUCGUCAUAUGUUUUCCGAAGGGCCAUUUUGCUCCCAUCAGAGUACAGAACUGUGAUCUUAUAUGCCUGAUAGGGGAAAAAAUGUAAAAAUUAAGAUAUGAAGUCCGAGUCCAGACAGAAACUAGUAACGCUUACCGGAGUACUGUCAGUACUCAUAUAGUUUGAACCAAGAAAGCUUACUUUUUCGCUGUUUUAUAACAAAUGUAUUUCCUGUCAUUCGUUUUUCACAGAACACAUACACUGUAAAAGCUAAUUACUUUAGCGCUUGGUCUUCCAAUGUUGUCGCUUAUUUUUUGUUACUGACAUUUAAAGAAAGAAACUUCCUAAUUGCUAACGUGAGAUCAGCUGUGCCAUUAAUUCUACUAAUCUCUUCCUCAGAUCUUGCCAACACUUAUCAAGUCAGACCUGGGUUUCGCGAAAACACGGUAUUUAAACACGCAAAAGCAAAGAAAUGGCAAACCUCAGGGACGGUUCCGUUAUUCUUCGAUGGAAAAGUUCCGGUAACAGAUGCUUCAAACACUGUCUUCCCCUCUGCGGACAUGUUGCAAGUGACAACGACAACUCUGUUCAGUGGACUGUACUUAGCUAUAAGAUCAGUGUAUUUAUGUGUAGGCCUCCUUAUACAAGUCCUUGACUCAGCUGGCUGGACGUAAACAAAGAAAGCUGUUUGGUCUGGGUGGACACAAUAGAUCAGUUUAGGGUGGUUUCGAUUGAGCGUAUUACGGAAUAAGGAUACGCAAGUUUUGUCACAAGUCUUUCUUGACUUUUGGAGUUAUACUUCGCAAUACUUUUUGUUUCAAGGAGCAUCAUAGACAUAGUAAUGCAAUGAAUGCAAAACUAGAUUUUAAUCCAUUUAUUCUUAGUAACUACGUACAGUUGAACCCCACUAUUUCGAAGUCCCAAGGGAAAUGGAAAAAAGUUCGAAAUAGCGGGGUUUCGAAAUAACUGGGGAAAAGUAAAAUUCGUAACAAUGAAUCCCUUUUAAUAAAAUACGUUUGUAAUCAAAAAAGAAAAUUCAGAACAUUACUUUACAAUGUCGAAUGAUCAGAAUAGAGACGGCAGAGUUCAUACAUGAGUAUUUCAGCCAGAAGAACAGUUCACUACCAGUGCGUUUCGUUGUUGUAAUUGAAUAACCCAGCUGGAAUUUCUUAGCGGGACUCUGCAGGAGAGUCAAGCAUUGUUAAGUCAUAAAUUACGCAACACGAGCUCAAAUAAAAUGCAAUACGUUUCCAGCUGUGCUCUUUUGACAAGUUCGAAAUAAUGGGAUUGAUUUUAGGUGUAGGGAAAGAACGAUGAGUUCGAAAUAGCGGGGAAAUCGAAAUAACCGAGUUCGAAAUAGCUGAUAGUAAAUGACUGAAAACAUAAGGGCAAAUCCAAGGGAAUUCGAUCUUCCUUCGAAAUAGCGGGGACUUCGAAUUAACCGAGUUCGAAAUAGCGGGGUUCGACUGUAGUUAUAACCAAAGGUUACGGAGUCUGGGCGACAACGAUCGAGGGUCUAAAAGCUUUUGCUCCAGGGCUGUGCGUUGCGUAAGUUUCACGUGAGAGAUGGUCAAAACACGCGUGAUCAGAUUAAGCGUGAUAGAACUGUCCAAACGUGCGUGAUCAAAGUUUGUUUUGUGCACUCCAUACAUUCUUAGUGGAAGUUCAAACGAAUGCUGUUCACCGGCGAAAAAUGUCUGCGCAUGCUCUACUAAAAAUGACACGUGAUCUAUCUCGGGCAAUGUCAUUGGCUCCGGGGCAAAAAUACCCGCGAAAUGUUGUUGAGAUGAAAGAAGCGAUGGCAGCUUUUUUGGCAGUGACAGCGUUGCAAUUUCUUGCCACUGCAAGAGAUCAAAAAUUAUUUUGGUCGAAGUUUUCAGGAAGUGUGUUCUCUAGAGAAUAUAGCGUCCUGGAACUGGCGAAAUAUCGCAGUGGCAUGGUCCGAUUCAGUGUUGUUGACGUUGAGAUCGCCGGUUUGAGUGUGGAAGACAUGCCGAAAAGGUGGGUAAUUUUUACUCUCUUUGCUUACUGCAUGUUCCGUGCAACUCGGUACAAAAAGAAAUUAUAAAGUAGUGGAAGAAAAAUUAUUGGGCUUUGUUUUGGUAUAUAAAUUAGCUUGUACCGAGUUGCACGGAAGCGACAGUUUUGUUAAAUGUNUGACGUUGAGAUCGCCGGUUUGAGUGUGGAAGACAUGCCGAAAAGGUGGGUAAUUUUUACUCUCUUUGCUUACUGCAUGUUCCGUGCAACUCGGUACAAAAAGAAAUUAUAAAGUAGUGGAAGAAAAAUUAUUGGGCUUUGUUUUGGUAUAUAAAUUAGCUUGUACCGAGUUGCACGGAAGCGACAGUUUUGUUAAAUGUGUAUCCCGUUUUUGUGUCAAAAUUCGACUUCGUGAAUCUGACAUUCGACAACAUUCGACUGUUGAUCGAAGGGCGUAUUACAACGCUAUCCAAAAUGUUUUUGUUGUUUAGUUCAGGUUUCUUAUCACGUGUUCAACCAAAAAAAGUAGAGGGACGGACAUUUUUGGGCUUUGUUUUGUAAAUAUUAAUUACUUAGCUUGUACUCUGUUGCUGGAAAAACUAUAUUUAGAUGCUAAAUCUCCGUGUGUUUACACCGUUUAUGGCAGAAAAAUAAGCUUACGCUUGGUUCAACUUAAUUUCGGGUCAUUCGAUACAAAAGGAAAUUAUAAAGAAGGUAAAGAAAUAUCCUUAGCCAUUGUCUUGCUGUGUAAAUUGUCUUGUGGCUAGUGGAAAGCGGCCGGGUUGCGGCAGUUUUCUAAAGUGCUUAGUUGUGUAGGAUAUACAGUUUCCAAUUUUGAUCUUCUGUCAGAAUUAUGAGAGAACACUCAAAUACAGAUCUCAUUCAAACUUUAUAGUUUCAUUGUAAUUAUCGUUUAUUUCUAUUCCUAUAAACUUAUCAUCAGGUCUACAUUUUGCAUUAAUUUAAUGUGAUAUAUAUUUGAAGGGGUUGUUGUUUCACAGUGAAGUAGUUUUCACUUUGUUUUUGUGAUGUGAAGUUCAGUUUCUUCUUACUUGUUGGCUAAGGCAGUGUUGAAGUAUCUGACAUGUUAACGUACUUUAUUGUUUAUUUCUCUUCAGAAAAGAUUGAUUGAUCCUGAAUCAAACAAAGUGCAGCCUCACAAACAAGAUUUCUGACGAACAAAUGUGUACUCAACCAAACCAUAUGUCCCUGACAGUGUCAAUAAAAUUUAUGAAUGGAAAGAUCUGGGUUUUUACUCCUUUUUAGCACUUUUGACUACGCAUCACUUUUCUAACCUAUAUACUAAAAGGAUAUAAUCAGUAUUUUUUCCAACUAACAUAUUUGCAAUCAAAGUUCUCUUCUUUUAUGUAUAAUAUUCCCCUAAUUUUAAAAAUUUCAUUAUCUUAUUCAUAUCAAGCACAGUAACCAUUAGAAGGAAAAAAGAUAAAAAACCUGCCCGGUUAUAGACGGCUUUAAAGUUUUGAUAUUAAAAUUGCAUUCGUUCACAAUGAAAGGAACAUGAAUGCAGACACUAUAGUUCAUUUAGCUCAAUUAGAAACUUAAGUCUUGCUGGAGAAAACAUAAUUUUGCUUUAUGUUUUCGGUAAAAAAAUAAUAAAAUAUCUUCCUAGUCUCUGAGCAAUUUCAAAGGACCUAUAGUGUCUUAUUUCUCGACUGCAUUGAGCUGUAAACGAAGGCCGUUCUUUUUAGUGACCCGGCUUUUUUCAGAAAUAUUGUUGUCCUUCGUGAUCGUGAAGAGUGAUCGCUUAAACAAGUCCAGAGUUGAAUCUGGUAAAAAGACCAAAACGCGAGCAUCGCAGGGAACGAAUCCCAUAGGAAUAGGUGAAAAAGGAUAAUAAAAAGUCUAGGCUAUGUUAAAAAAUUCCGUAUAUGCAUUUGCAACUCAUAUUAAGCCGCCAUUAAUCUUCUUUCCACAAUAAACAAACGAUGGAGGUAUUGCCGCCAUUUUGAAUUUGGCAAUGUCACGUGGUCGCGCGUCGACCAAUCAGACAAUUUUCGCCGGCGAACGAAUGCUGGCUACAUACAUGCGACGCAUACGUAAUAACAAUCUGGAGAUUAGGAUUGCGGGCUCCUCUUGUCGCCCGUAAUAAUCCGGAAUAUGGUUAAUCAAGCAAGACCUUAGCCUCUUCAUGUAUUAAGUUAAGCAUACAUAGAGUGACAGGAAGAAAUCAUUGGAACAUUAUUGAGCGGCUAUUGCAGCGGUUUGGCAAAGUGCACUCUGUAAGAAGAAAUGAAAGGUUUAUGCAAUAAAUAAAAUGCGCAAAAAAUGAAUUAAGCGACUAAAAUUAAAAACUGUUAUUUUUUCUUCCUGCUAAUGUUAUCUAUGUUCUCUGACGAAUGUCAAGUGAAUGUGAAAUCUUUAUUAAUUGCCCUGUAGCUGCCCCCAAACUCUUCCGCAUCACGUUUUUCUAGGUUCAAGGCUAGUUGGGUUAUUCUGAUAAACCUUGCCUUAAUCAGGGGCGUAGCCAGGAUUUUUUCAGUGGUACGGACAACUCAGCAAAUGCCCCAGCCCCAAACCACACCCUUCCCCCCCCCCCCCCCCCCCCCCCCCCAAAUUUCCCCAAAAGUAAGGUUACUGUAAGCAUCAGGGGGGUUGGCGCCCCCCACUAAUUUAAAAAAAAACUUUUUUUCCCUUUUUUAAAAAAUUCCCGGUUGGUUUGUUUCUUGCAAGAAUGGGGAGGGAGAGCCGGUCGAACCCCAUCCACACCCCACCCCAGUGUGCGCCUUCUCCUCGGAAAAAAAAAAAAAACAAAACACACACAUCAUACUUUUUUCGAGGUUCAAGGCUAGUUGGGUUAUUCUGAUAAAGCUUGCCUUAAUCAGGGGCGUAGCCAGGAUUUUUUCAGUGGUACGGACAACUCAGCAAAUGCCCCAGCCCCAAACCACACCCUUCCCCCCCCCCUCCAUCACCCCCUCGAUAAUGUCCCCAAAGGUAAGGUUACUGUAAGCCUAAGCGUUGAUGACGUCUCCAAGUAAUUUAAAAAAAUCCUUUGUCGCCUUUUUAAAAAAGUUCCCGGUUUGGUCAAGUCUCUGAAGAUUUUGAAUCCGAAAUCGAAAGUGAAAAAGUUGUAUCUAAUUACCUUAACUUUAAUUUCUCAAUGUUUCGUAAAGUGAAACAGUUCUUCCAACGAAUCAUGAUGCCGUCUUCCUCUGAUCAUCAGAGUUAAUUUUGCGGUAAAGCCAAAAUGUAAGUGUCACGUUCGUGAAUAUAGGGUGCUUUACAAAUGUUGAUGGCGAGGGUAGCAAACACGUCACUAUUAACACGAAUUCGCGUUUUUUCAAACUUUUCUGCGUUUAUUCCAAUUUGCUCAAAAGGGCAAAUGUAGGUGAAUUUCACUGGAGUUGAAUCCUUGGGGACCGCACCCAAGUUUGAACUGGGAAAGAAAAACUCAUUAUCGUCUGUUUAUUUUCACGUACUCCAUUGGUCGUGCACGGCAAAGAAAUGUACCAAAAAGCGUGAUACAGAUGCAAAACUUGUCUUUUAACUUAAGGCCUUUUGCUUUUUGACUUUGUUCUCGUUGCUGUCGCCGUCGUCGUUGCUUAAGCCACCCAGUAUUAUCGAUGUGUGUUAACUGUUGGGAAUCCGAAUGCGUUUUUAGUAUGAAGACUCUAUGAAAGCUUGCGAAAUGAUCCGAAUCACCCUCAAUAAAAAUUUAUGAAUCCUCUAGUGUAAUCGUAGCGUCCACGCGAACAAUCCAAUCGUGCCUUACUUCGUCUAGUGCGAGAGGCCGAAGCGAAAACAACGCGUUUACGCUUUAAACCAUCCUGCCUUGCCAUUUGCCCUCAUAUACUGAGCUUUGGCUGCCUGUAGUACUAAUACACCAUGAACAAAAAAAUUUCGGCUCAUUUUUAAUAUUGAAUUACGUUAACCUAUUUCAUAUUUUUUUUUCUCUAUUAGCCCUUAUUUAGAGUGAUUAUUGUAUGAUUAUUGUAUCUUGAUUCUAGCAUCAAUCGUCUCGAACUUCUCUUUUUCUUGCUGAGCAUUGUUUAAAGCCCUUGCUGAUACGGCCUUCGUUACUGGGACACCAUCCUGCUAUUCCACUUUGCUAUAUAUGUAUCUAAAAAUAGUCUUUCAGGAUAAGACGGCGCUCACUUUUAAACUUAGCUUACGGAGUCCUUACGAACUUAAUGUAGCGAAAUAUUCAGUUUCUGUCGGCAAAUAGCAACCUGUACUAUAUAUUAUAUCAAAAGCUUAAAAAAGUUAACAGUUAUAGUAUUUUAAUUAUUUGAAAAUGUUCAGAACUUCUUCGCGAUAAAAUUAAACUAGUUGACUUUAAUUCAGGUUUCAGCACUUUUUGUUCUUUCCGAACUUGUACUGUGUCAAUGAUAAAACUAAAAACGAAUAGUCAUGUCAAGUGCUAUUAAUAAGUGAUGUCUCAUUUCAAAUUAUAUUUCACUUUGGAAGUAGCAUUUCCCUGACUAAGCAAACAUUCCGGAAUUCGCAGAAAGAUUCCUCUUCUAAAUAAAAGUUCCGUCCAUUUACACUGGUUGCAAGAAAUUUGAUGGACCCCAACCCUGAUGAUCGUUUGCGCUUAAAAGCCACCAGCCAUUACUGCUCCGCUUAAGUACCUCCACUAUGUCUCCCUCGUUAAUGGUAAUUUCGUUUUUGUCUUGAGAGAUGUACGUGUACAUGGCUUGAUACCUCGUGAUCUGGGAAUCAUUUUCUUGCUCCUUUUCAGAGAUGGACUCAACAGGAGUUACUUUAAUUUCAUCAAUUCUCGGCUGGGGGCUGCGUCUGGGGCUUUUACUUCUUGGUGAUGGAAUGGGACUUCUUCUUCCUGAGCUCAAUGCACUUUCAUUCACAGAAGACCCGGAUGUAUUCGCAUCCUGUGCUAAUGUUGUUACAAGAUUUGAGCUGGAGUAAACCUGUUUUGGAGCAGUGCUUACUACACAGCUAUCAGAACUACCCGGUAAUGCACACUGCACAACGCUUUCCGUUUCAGGUAUAGAAACAUCUGAAACUAGAGAGGACAGACUGCUGCUUGAAGAGGUAUGAUAUCCGCUUGAAAAAGAUAUCGUAUCUCCCUGAUUUUGUUCCUUUUCUUUCGGCUUUGUUUCAGUGGGCUGAGGAGGAGUGAUAUUUUUAUUUGGCCUCUUUUUGAUCGAUCGCUGAACCUGCCGGAAAACGAAAAAAUAGUAAAUGCAAUUUUCGAUGAUAAUCCAUUACUAAGGAAAUACGAAUUUAAAAAAAAAGAAAUUACUAUUUUAUGAAUGUUUCUAAGUGUAAUGGAAAUCAUUUAAAGGUUUAGCUCUUAUAAAAGUCCAACGAUUAUUGAAACUCAUCGUUUACUAAGCUAUUCAUUAAAUAUAGAAACGUUGUAAAGAAAGAAGUAAGAUAGAAGCGACAAAAAGCAACGCUACCUAUCUUUUUGUCAGGCUUUAUAAGAGGUUAACGCAAAAUUGACAGCGGAAGAACUUACCAUACUUCGCCUUGUGGGAGGUGAUCUUCGGCCUGUCACAAUGUCACUUUCUUCAGAAACUACUAUGAAAAAAUGGUUGCGUUAAUCAAUUAAUGUUAUAUGAUUACUGGUUAGCUCAGUUGGUUACAGACGUUAAAUACCAGAAAGGAAGGUAGGGAUCAAUUCUUACGGCAACAGCCACACCAAACCUCAUAGUCUUAACCCUGGUCACAACCGCUGGUGAUCUGUCCAUGGAAAAUGGGAAUGGGGUAGGGGAGGGUACCCCGCAUGGUACCUGCGUGUCUCAUUCCUGGCCCUCCCCAUAGGUCAGGUCGGAGCCCAGUAAAAAAUUAUAAACAUUCUAGAAAGAUGGAUUGGAGUUAUAGGGAAGGGCGUUCGUGACGUGACAAAACAGGCUGCGAGGGAGACCACUGAAGUAGCCAUGAAAAAGAAUGCGCAGCAGUUCAGUAACGCUAUUUUGGAUAAUGAUUUUUCUUUCGUAGAAAAGAAAAAAGGAAACCUCGAAAUAUUAUUUGGCCUGUGGAUGAAGUAGAAAAACACCAAAUAGGUAAAGCAUUUAUUAUGGUUCAGUACUACUGAGGUGUGACUGCUCAGGUCUCUUGUUAAAAUGAAAAACGUAGAUCCAUGCAAAUUCCCUUUCCUAGCUCCUACACGGAAGGAAUAAGGAAAUGUUCAAAACUGUAAAUAUAAAAUUAAUCGAUGCAACAAAUCACCUACCCCGUUGAGAGGACACAGUGUCCCCCAGUCCACAAAUUUUUCCACUAGAUGAAGGCGAAGAGUCAUCAGACUCAACUACUCGUAACAGAAACAUUGCAGGCACCCAGCCUUCUUUGCCCUGGUAUCUAAGAAGUGUAAAAGUAGAUAGGUUUUAAUAUUACUUAUGCCUAUUAUCGUUUGGCAAACUCGUUACUGCUACCUCUUAAUCACUCAAUUUUUAAACGAUUGACCCGAAAGUAACAACAGUCAGUCAUUUUCUAACUUAAAUACCAUGUAAAUGUGACCACCCCUUAGAUAGCGGUCGCCUGGGGUGAGUCGGAGAGUAUUUUGUGGGAGGUCUGGGGCCCACAUAAAUUUGAGCGAAGUGUUAAGGGUGGAUCACUGAGCGAUCUGUUGUAAUAAGGUGGAAUCCGGCGCUUGAAAUUUUGGGAGAUUUCAGUGUCAUGUGUGUAGUCAGGCAUUGUGUGUAAACCAUUUCAGUUAUUAUUGCAACUGCUAAAAACGUUCCAUCACUGUCUUACCUGGCUAGCCACCAUCCAUCUAGGUUCUUUUCUACAACUUUGAGGGUAACACCAAUGUCAAAAGAAAGUUCGUCUUCAGCUCUUGCUUCAUAGCUUUGCAUCGACUGAUAUGCUUCCUCUGCGCAUUAAAAUUGAAAAAAAAAAACAUCAUUAUUGAUGUGGUUAUAUUACUGAUAAUAUGCCGCAUAAGGUUACCUUUAAAGUAUUAUGAACGAAACUUUCCAAAAUUAUCGGUGUAGUUUAGGCCAAACUUUCAAUCAUGUUAAUCACUCUUUAUAGCAAAAAAAGGCCAUUUAUGAUAAGAAAUAUGAUAUAAUAUCUGUCGUGUUUUUACUUUAAUUUACUCUUCAUGUUUAAGUGUUUUUUCGCGUUGCUCAAUCAUACUUAAGGUUACAUAAGCUUGUGUAACAUCUACCUUGACCAGGAGCAAAGGUUCUGGAGGCAGUGAUCUCUACCCCAUCAUCAGUAGGCUCCAGAUGUGACGCAGGAGCCCAGCCUAACUCGCCUUCACGGUCAACCAACCACCAACCUUUAAAAGAAUAGUACAUGUAUUAAAUUGUUAUUAUUAUUAUUAUUAUUAUUAAAGAUCCAUAUUGAUAUUUAUCUCCAGCUGGUACUAAUUUUGCUCUAUAGAUCUCGCUCUGUAUGCAUCGAUGGAACAAUUCAACUAUGUAUUGCCCUGGUCCUCCAUUUCUCGAUGAUGAAAACCCCGCUUUCACAGUAAUAAGUCUAAUAAAUUAGGAAAGCUUUCAUAAAAAAUCAGCUCUGUUAAGGCAGAAAAAUAACAGUCACAUGCAUGGUAGAAGCUUUAAGCUUGUAUGUCCGGUCCGAAUAAGACGUAAUGGUACGUUUACUAAAGCUCAACUUGAGGUUAAAAGCGACCGCUCCGGAUAAUUGUAAAGGAUUAAGACGUAAAAUCUAGUUUUACUUAUGAAUAAAACUGAUUCAGAAUGCUUUAACAGUUAGAUUAAGUGUUCAUUAACUUACAUUUAAGAAGUAAACAAUGUUGGCUGAAAAACUGCUUCAAUCUGCUUUAAUAUUCCUUACCAAAGUCGCUCUUUUCGAUAACAUCAACAGUGUCACCAGCUGUCAGUGAAAUAUCGUUCUUGUUCUUCUUUUUGUAGUCAGCAAUGGCUAUGUACUGCUCAAACACCACAGGUCCUGAUAUCUGAACACUGCUGUUAUUAUCACCUGCAAUAAAAAAAAGGGUUAAGAAAGAAAUUGCAUACACAGAAAGCACUGUUCAUCCUAUCAUCGCCUGUUCUUAGUUUGUGUAGUUCCUUAUCCUAGCAAGUAUGUUGGGGACUUUGUCUGACGAUGAGAAUACGUGGACUCGAAAGGGCUGAGGCAAUUUCAAUCUCUAAUCAACUAUUUGUUUCUCCUUUAAUUUUGAAAGAAAAAGCGAAAAGCUCAAGUCAUAGCUAUAUAUAUAGUUUGCAUUUGUCACUUACUUUCAUUGGUCUUGUUGUUAGCUUUGCUAGAUCUGAAAAUGAAGAAAGUACAAAACAAAAAAUGAAACGAAUACUUUUUGCUAUUUUUGGCAGUAAAAUUUAUAUUACAGUCUUACUGUUUUAUUUCCAUUUCUGACAAUUUAAGAAAUGGACUGAAAUAAAACAGUAAGACCGCUGUAAUAUAUUUUACUAAAUUAAAUCUAAUGUCUAACACAAAUGCAGACAGAAAAAGAUAACCUUCUUAGUAAUAAAAUAAGUUGAAGUAGCAGAAUUGGAAUUCUUUACCUAAGCUCUUGGUUAGUGUCUCAAAUUGUAUAAUUUUUUACUACUUCUGGUUUUGAGACAUUAUAACCAUAAUGAUCAUGAAUACGUUCGAAGAUGAUGCCGACGAUGAACAACGAUGAUGAUUAUGAUGGUGGUGGUGACGGUGAACAUUAUGAUGAUGUUAAUCAGAAUUGACAUAUCUGGGGUCAAAGAGAAUGCUACGUGCGUUCAUCAGAAUAAUCACGUUACUUACGUUCCAUGAGGGCGCAAAUCACUGAGUCGAGCCCGACAAAAGAGGAGGACAGCUUGGCAGUUUGAAAUAUCAUCAGGAGCGUUGAUAAGGUCCUUAUAAAUAAUAAAGGGAGGGGAAAAUUAGUAUGAAAUUAAAACCUAAUAACUGGGAAAAUACACAAGAGAAAUAAUAACUGUUUACUAAGCCAUUAGAAUUAAGGAAAUUGCGUUUAUAGCGAAGGGAUAAUGAGCAGAUUUCCAAAAUUUUACUGACUAAUUUUCCUUCAUCUUGUUUCUAUACUCACGUAAAAAAACUUGUUCAAAGACUGUCUUCGUUUGCAUGUUCCAUCCUUGAAGCAAAACUCGCAGUUUUCAGAAAAUUUUCUUCCUGAAAAAGAACAAGUCAAACCAGAAUUGUAUUGGGUUGAAUCAGUUUUGUAGACUUGAUGACCGCGGACAUUCUAACUAGUUAUGACCAAAACAAAAAUUAUAGCUAAGGUUGAUCAAAUGAAAUUUUAAAGCCAACUUAACAAUAUUGACAAACUGAAGUCCUUUCGUCGGAUUUCCUCUCCCAACAACAAAGUAUCGAUAUCAUAGUUUCUUUAGCAACUAAACCCUUCAUUGUGACCACAGAAUUAAUUUGGGGAGCAUUUAGGUCAUUUUUAUUUUCUCACCUUUUAACACGGGAAUUUCUUUGCCAGUGCCCUUCGGAAAUUCUUUUUUGAGGUUUUCCUAUAGGUAAAACAAUCUUGAUUUUCACAAAGAUCAUAUUUGGAAAUUAUUUCUCACUAUUCCCUUUAUCAACUGGUAUAAAGAUAGCUUAAUUACCCGCCUUUGCGUUUUUAUGUUAAAAACAAGUGGGUUUGAGAGGAAUUUUCAGUAGAUGACUAUGUCUUUAUUUACUGAUCGAUUAGUAAAAACAACUUCAAUUUGGCUCCCAAUUUGGGUGACGCAUUAGAAAAGGAUUUAAAUGCAGUUGAAAAUUUUUUUCAAACACAAAUCCUGAUAAAAGCGAUCAAUUUUGCUAACCAAUACUAGGAACAAAUCAAAUGAAAUAAAGACUUAACCAGGUUCGGACGUCAAUAGCGACUACACAGUUGACCGGACUGCAUCAAACCGGCGGGUUAAGCGAAGAUCAUUAGAUUUGAAUUAUACUUAUUAGCUUCGAUUAAUAUUUCCCUAUUCAAAUUUGUAUCCAAAGUUCAUAUAUGAUAGAUUUUAUUUAUAAUUAUAUAAUUAAUCAAUCAAACGUCUGAAAAGGAAGACUGAGUGAUAUCACUCGUCCUUGGCUAAGAAAAAUUCUAACGGAGUGCUGAAAAUGAUUGCUCGGCGCUAGCUCCCAAUGAAAAAGAAAUGCCGGCAACAGUAUCGACCCUUCGUUACCAAAUGUACUAUAAAUCAUGGAUACACGUCAACGAUGGAAUCGUCAACGAGAAAAUUUGAUACUUGGCCAACACUGAAGUGGAAACUUCUCCUCCUAAGGUCUGUAUCAAGAGUCAAACUCAGUUCACUCUGCCAAAUAUAAUGCUUAUGGCAAAGUCUAUUGUUCUGCCUCAUUUGCAAUUAGAUUUGGUUCGAUCAACGAAAAAUUCGACUUCUAAAAUUGGUCAAAGUGAGAUGAAGAACUUUAUUUAAAUCUAAGGCCUGCCCAUUAACAUCGAACUUUUCAUUGAUAAGACGAACCAAAUUGAUCCGAUAUAAAGUUCAUGAAAAGUUCGACUUCUGUCUUGAGUUAAGUUUGUCUCGAGGAGUCUGGAUCAACCUUCAGACCAAAUUAAAAUUUAGUUAGUUUCAUGAAAAGUUCCACGUUUGGCCUUCGCCUAAGACCGUUAUGUUUCAAACCUGUAGAAAAAAGAAAUCACUGCACUUUCUGUAGAUGAUGUUAAUACUUCCGUCUGACCACAGCACUUUGAGAAUAUAAACCUAGACGGGAGCAAAUUAGCAAAAUUUUGCAUUUAGGACAUUUCUUAAGCAUUUUAACAAAACACUGAUGCGUUCUUCGGCAAUAUCUGCUAAAUAAGAAGAAGUAACAUCUAACUUAAAAAAGGCAACUACUACAUACAGCGAUUUGUCACCUUAAUAAUGUCUGCGUAUACCGAUGAGCCGUUAUCUGGACUUAGGCGAACAACAGAUAGUCGAUUAAAGUAGCUCAGAGACAAUAAAUUGAACUAAUUCUGGUCUAUCGUUUAGUAAGUGGUAAUCCUACUGAUUGCAGGACUAACAACAGUCCGGCUCUCCCCUUUCAAUCUGAUCAUUGAUCAAUUUAUCGACGGUAAUUGGCAAACACUUCAGUGCAUAAAGUGUGACGAAAAUUAAUGACAUUUUCUAAGGUUUUCUAAUGCUGAAUUCCGUUUUUAUUGAAAACAAGAUUAAGGCAUUCUGGAAUUCGCCGUUCACUAGGUGAUUUACUAACUAACCGGUUUGCAAUACUUACAUAAUUUUUAUCUGGGGUCUUGCGUUUCUGAAUUCCUUCCACUGAAACAAGUUUUACCCGUCGGUCCAUCUCAGUUGAUUCCGUUUCUUGUGACUCGUUUUCACUGGUUUGACUCAGGGACUAAGUAACAGAAAAAAAUAUACUCAGCUGCAUUUAUAACCUCAGUCUUCGUGCCUUCUCUUGAGGAAGCUUGAAAAAACAAUGAGUUUAAGGCUAUGACGUUACUUAAUGGUUCCACCGGUAGCAUAAUGGUCACGUUCUUGUACUUCCGCAUUUCAAUCUAUUUGGAAAAAUUCUAUAUAUAUUCUCUACAGAUAUGAUAUUAUAUUCUUGCUUUUCUACAUGCCUUCUGAUAGGUACUCUAACAUUUUCACACAAACAUUAAUGAGAUCCCAAACUUGCCGAUUGCUUCGUAAACUGUAGAUUAUGCCUCCAUGAAAUCUCACCUUUAACCCAAGGAAGCUAUAAGUUAAACAUGUCAACAGGAACACUUCAGGUUCUGUCUGCGCUCUUUUCUUUGUAGUGGUUAAAUUUUGUAUGUAAUUAUUAUAAUUAUACACGCUUCUCUAAGUUGUUGUAAAUUCAAACUUUUACAGUCUUUACACGCGAAUUUUUGCGACACAUGGGAACACUUGAAAAUUCAAAAGUUUAGGGAGAUCUUUUUCAAAAAAAAAAAUGCGGUUUCUUUUCAUUUUCCCUUAUUCUUACUCUUAGCACCAAAAUGCAAAUAUCUUUUUCCUUAUUACGUCAUUUCGAUCGAUUACGCUUGUGAUAUUUAUUAAGUUGGUGUCUACACUGCUGCCGAAAACCAUUUCGAAUUGGGCUUUUGUUAAAACAGAAAAAAGGCGAUUUCGGAGCGAAUCUACGCCACACCGAUCUUGAAAGUAGAUGGCGCCUGUCAGAUAGUUAUCUGUACCAGUAGCAAAAUGAACAUGUGCUCAUACCAGGCCGGAGAAUUUUCCGUGUGUGACAUGAUAAGCUAUCCGGAAUACUGUAGACAUUCAUUUAUAACACUCAUAUAUGACGUAACAGAGGAAAGAGGCCAUAUUUGAGAAAUAGAUUACCAAUAUUACAAUGACCCCCGUUUCUAUUGGACAUCCACGGGAACCCUGCUAAUUAUCCGCUAAAUCAGGCCCAUAGGAGGGGGUUCGAGGGGUUCGAACGAACCCCCUUUGCAGGCCAGUGAUGGAGGACUAAAAACACAAGCUGUUAAUUUUCAGCUUUUAGCAAAUAGUGGAGGAAUCGACAACAAACUUUGAGUGUUUUAGCUCAGUUUAAAUUACCCUGCAAGAAAACGCUAACAGUAUCGGGAAAGUCUUAUUCAUUGGCACAAAUAAAAAUUGUUUGCAGUUUGAGUACAAAUGAAAUUCUUACAAGCCUUACAUGAAGUAUAAAGUUGGUGUUGCCAAAAUGGCUUCUAAACGAAACGGAUCAGCAAGUAUUUUGCGUUAUUUCUCUUUAAAAAUAAGACUCGUAAGCUUAACCUAGGGAGUCUUCUCUACAAGUCUGUAUACUAGCUAGUAUUGGAACUGGCGGGAUGGUUUUCUCUGUGAGCGGACCAAAUACGCCAGUGCAUUAACACACGUAUUUAGUUGCAUUCCCUUUGCCUUAUGCUCCUACUUCUGUUAAGUUCUACACUCGUUGUCUUUCGUGUUUUCCCAUGCUCUCGAUACUCCUUACACUCAAUUGCUACAGCGAUCGACAGAAAAACAAAACUCAGACGAUUAAAAAUGGUGAAUGCAAGGAGAUUAUCCAAAACUAAUAAUUCAAAAAAGGGAAACCUUUUUAGACCUUUCCAGGAACAGAAGUAACACUUAUGGUAUUUUUUGUGUAGUAGAACAUAAUUGACCAAUGAGAUGAAGUAUACCUUCUGUUUUUCUUGCAAGUGGAAUCCCAUCUCACUCUCUCUCACGAUUUUCUUUUCCGAAAUGUCAUCCAAUGUUUCUUUGCUUUGAGACAGAUCCAGUGCUUCGGGAAAUUUUGACCUGAAUACCUGAACAGGUUUAAGAAAUGUUCUUGGUGCCCAUCCCUCUCCGAUUUCCUUUUUCACAUACCACCAACCACUAGAAAGUUUCUCGAGGACUUCGACUUCUUCUUCGGAUUGAAGAGACACCUCACUACUUUCCUCCGCAACAUAUGACGAGAUAGCCAAAUACUUUGUUCCUCUGGGGCUAUUUUCACUUUGAGCUGAUUUCAUUUGGAUACAAGGCUCCUCUAUUCCAGAUCUGGUUUCUUCUGUAUCUCCAGUGGUAUCUUCACCUCUGGAGUGAUUCUCUUUCGUCUCGCUAGGAGGCUGAAUGCGCGGCGCAUCAGCACUUUGGGAAUGUUCCGCUUGGGUUAUGUUUGAUGUAAAGUUUAAGUUGUUCUUGAACAUCUCGGCAAUGCCAACACCAACGCUAAACUGUCUAUUUGUCAAGACUGGUGAACGAGUAGUGUUUGCCUUGAUACCUGGCUCAAAAGUGGUUCUCCCGAACCGACCACGUCGUGGAAGACUCUUGCUUUUGGGCUUUAGGUCGUCUGGAAAUAACUCUGCAUUGUUCUUUCUAUAACCCAGCAAUGGACUCCUCGGUAAGGUUCGGAGAGGAUCUCGUCCUAAAAAUGGAUGGUUUAAGAAUAGUUUUCAGGACAAUGGAUUUUUAUUGAAAGAGGAAAUACCAUAAACGGUCAAAAACGACUAUUUAAUUCAAUCUUUAAAAAUUGGAUACGGAUAGAAUGAAUAAUGAAUGAAUGAACGGACGGACGGACGGACAGAUGUAUAGAUGGAUCGACGGACGGACGGACGGACGGACGGACGGACGUACCGUUGGAUGGAUGGAUGGAUGGAUGGAUGGAUGGAUAGAGAGUGGAAAU